AUGGGUGAGAUUGGUGUCAUGGAUGUUACUGAGGCCAAAGGCGGUAUUAAAGCCAGUUCCAACUCUAGUCCGCCUCCGCCGCCGGCAAAUACGGUGGAGGUCCCGAUGAAGCAGACUGCGGCGGGUCCGGCUGCGGCGCAGCAGAAGGUGACGCCGCCGCGUCGGAAGUCUAACGAAGGGAUGUCUGGGUCGUCUGGUCAGAAGAUGACGCCGGCUACGCAGACGUCGGCUUCGAGUGGGAACCGAGCGAUAGACCCUGGGAUGUUUAUACACCCGCAGCGAGGGACUUUAGUGGAGCGGUACCACCGAGAACGGAAGUUGGGCAGUGGUGCAUACGGAGAGGUAUGGCUCUGUCGGGACCGACAGACGAAUGCGGAGCGUGCGAUCAAGUUUAUAAAAAAAUCGUCAGUUUCGCCAGGUGCUGGGGGGUCUCUGCUGGAUGAAGUGGAGGUGGUCAAAAGUCUAGACCAUCCGAACAUUAUGAAAUUAUACGAGUUCUUUGGCGACAAAAAGUAUUACUAUUUGGUUAUGGAGUGCUACAAAGGCGGUGAAUUAUUUGACGAAAUUAUAAACCGACAAAAGUUUGGGGAAGCAGAUGCCGCUAACAUACUGCGACAGGUUCUAUCGGGCGUAACAUAUCUGCACAGGCAUCAUAUCGUGCAUCGGGAUUUGAAGCCGGAAAAUCUGCUGCUCGAAUCGAAGUCAAAAGAUGCUCAGAUCAAGAUUGUCGAUUUUGGCCUAUCCAGCCAUUUUGACCCAUCACGAAAGCUCAUGGACCGACUGGGUACUGCUUACUAUAUUGCUCCUGAAGUACUUCGCAAAAAGUAUGAUGAGAAGUGCGACGUCUGGUCAUGCGGCGUUAUCCUCUACAUCCUACUUUGCGGCUACCCGCCUUUUGGCGGCGCUAGCGACCAGGAAAUUCUGAGAAGAGUCGAGAAGGGCAAGUUCUCUUUCGACCCUGCCGAGUGGAGCCAAAUUUCGUCAGACGUGAAGGAGCUUAUUCGUCAAAUGCUCGAAUACGAUCCCGCAAAACGUAUUUCCGCUGAGGAGGCACUCGGGCAUAGAUGGAUCCGCAAAUGGACAACGGAGUCGAAAACUACAUCCAACGAUCCCCCCGGACUCUUCAAUGCCCUCAGCAAUAUGCGGAAGUUCAGAGCGAGCCAGAAACUCGCCUCAGCAGCCCUGCUCUUUAUGGGCAGUAAACUCACCACCAUGGAAGAGACCAAGGAACUGCUCCGGAUCUUCCAGCAACUGGAUACGAAUGAUGACGGCCAGCUAGAUCGCCAGGAACUCAUAGCGGGAUAUAGAGAACUCAUGAAACUUAAAAAGGGCUCGGAUGAGGAACUCGAAAACCUCAGCGACGAACAAAUCGAAGAGGAGGUCGACAACAUUCUCGCUUCCGUCGACUUUGACAAAAACGGAUACAUCGAGUACUCGGAAUUCGUCACUGUGGCCAUGGACAAAAAGGUCCUCUUGUCCAAAGGCCGACUGCGUGCAGCCUUCAACCUUUUCGAUGUGGAUGGCUCGGGAACUAUUGCCGCUGACGAGCUGAAGCGCAUCCUCGUGGACGUCGACGACCAACAGUGGGCGCAGAUCAUAGGUGAAGUCGACACUAACGGCGACGGGGAGGUGGACUUUGACGAAUUUGUCGCCAUGAUGCAAAAGCUUGUUUAA